AUGGCGCCUACCGCUUCGAAGAAAGGCGGAGGACACAAGUCAGCCGGCAAGGCUGAUCGCAGGUCGACCUCCCGGCACUCCACACCAGUCUCUGCUCUGACCGAAACAACACCCUCCACUCCUCUUACGGCCACUCCUUCUACAGCUGUCGGCGCCAGUACCACCAUGGCAAAGGAGACCCCAUACUUGAAGACGCCGACUGCCGCUUUGGUCUCCUCCGAGCCAAGCAUAGAGACAUGGAUCGAGAAGAGCGAUGCUUCCGUGGCCAAACCAGGCGACCCCCCGCUGGCUCGAGAAUUGCGCGUCAUCCACGACAAAAGCCGAGAUAUCGUCGCCAAGUACAUGACGCGCCGAGGCGAGAUAUGCGAUCGGAGCAUGAGGCAGCUGGUGCAGCGGCGGAAGGAGCGGAUGCAGAUAGAAAGAGAACAGGAGGCAGAGCGAGUAGAGAAGGAGCGAGCAAAGAUAAAGCGCGAGCAGGAUGAGAAGCGAGUUGAGAAGAAGACACCGAGCAAGAAGCGCAACCACGACGAUAUGGACAUUGACGAGGAAGAGGCUGAGCGGAAGGAGAAGCGGGAGGCCUUACCAGAUGUGGGCGCACAUGGCGUAGCGAGGCAGGACGGUGUGGGUGUGCAUCAAGGCCAACAAGCUCCCCCUUCACCUCCUGUACAACCCGGCACAGUCGUACCAGAACUCAUGGACACUGCAGACUCACAUUCAGAAUCAGGCGAGUCGCGUGCAGAGCAGCCGGCUGCCGCACCACUCUACGAGCGCAUAUUCGGCAAAGACCCAACGAAAGGCAACGAUCCGGUCAUCUACGACAUACGAGAACUGAACGACGAAAUGACGGUUGAGGAGAAGCAAGCGAUUCUGAACGUGAAGGUCUGGCCAGAGAGCGACCUCCGAGAAUUGACAGCAGGCGACCCUCCAGAUGCAGACUUCAGCAAUGCGAAGCCUGCAAAUCAGGUCAACUUCUCGACAUUCCAGACUUACAUCGAGCCGUACAUACGAGCCUACUCCGAGGAAGACGUGGCAGUGUUGAAAGAACGAGGGGAUAGGAUCACACCUUACAUUCUUCCGCCACGAGGCAACAAGGGCUAUCGAGAACUUUGGGCAGCCGAGGAUGGCACGACAGGUAUCGAGCCACCUCAAAAGCAUGUCAACAAUCCGAAUGAGGCGAGAGGUAGCAUGGAAGACAUGGAGGAUGAUAUUGCUGAUCAGGACACCGUGAGCAUGGGUCCCUUGAUGAGCCGCCUUAUGUCCGUCAUUCGCCCGAACCCCAAUCCUGCCAGGAAGGAGAAAGACAAUGAGGAGGAUGCGAACGGCGACACGUCCAUGGUCAACGGCGAUGUCGAGGCUGAAGCACCGGCACCUACUGCUGGAGCAGAAGAAUUCAAACCAGUCUCGUGCCUCCCUGCAGAUGCGCCCAGACCUGCAAAUUUGGUAUCACAAGAUUACGAGACAUUCGAGAUGCGUGCGUUACAGGAGCUGAGGUAUAUCGGACUUCUGCCUCCAGGUGAAGUACCAAACUACGACAGCCAUGAAGACGACGAGGUAUCAGCUCGUCUUCGCACUUUGCAGCACGAACUCCGUCGCGUCAGCCGCAUCAACAACAUCCGUAAGGCACGGGCUCUAGAGCUGACUGAGGAGCGCAUGGCGAUGCAAGAAUACUCGAACAUUGCGGAUGACCUCGACAACCAGGUUAACGCGGCUUACCUCAAACGUAACAGGUCUCUGGCCAAGCCGAACCAGAAGAAGGGUGGUCAAGCGCGCCCGGGACAGAAAGGGGUUGCGUCAGGCGUUGCUGGGAGAGGUGUCAGUGAUGGUGUGAGGGCGCUGAUGCAGAAGCGUCGUGAUUGGAACGAGAUGGUUGGUCCUGUAGUGCACUGGGGCCGGUCUGCGAUUCCUGGCGACGAUGAGUCCAUCUUCGACGAUGUGACGCUUAAGAGGCUAGAGAAGCUGGAACGCGAGGCAGAGACCGCUGAAGCUGAUGGUGAAUAG